AUGGUGGGUGUUAGAGUGGACGAAAUUGCUCACCUUGUAUGCCUGCUCUUUGCAGAUGACGUAGUACUUCUGGCUGACAGCUAUAGGGAGUCUCAGAGGAUGCUUAACGUUUUUUCUAAUUACUGCUGCACUAAUAAACUGUCUGUAGAUGUUAAUAAGAAUAAAGUUCUAGUAUUCCGAAGGUCCCCCAUCUGCAAGAAGUUAAGAACUUUAUAUUUUGAGUUGCAGCCUUUGCAGUAUGUAAAUUCGUUCACUUACUUGGGCAUACCUCUCAGAUGUAUGGGUAAAUUCAAUUUGGCAAGGAAUAACGCACUUAAUAAAGGUAUGCGAGCUCUUGAAAAUAUCAAAGAAAUAGUUUUUAAAAGUAAAUCCAACUACCCAGCGACGAAAAGAAAGCUGUUUGACUCAGAUGUCGCUGCAUCUGCUUACUAUGCCGCAAGUUUGAGCCGUGGUGCAGUUGGAGGGUUUGGACAAAUUGAAAAUCGGGAAAAUUAA